CAGCUCCCCGUCGUCCCCCCUCCCGCCCACCCUCCCCUUCGCUCGCGAUGGGGUCCGCUGCGUCGACCGACAGGGCCGAGCGGCGGAGGCGGGACCGGACGCCGGGGCACAGCGGGGCCCCCGAUCCCCUGGCGGCGCGUACGCAGGACCCUUCAGCGUCGGCGCCGGCAUCGAAGGCGGAUCUGAGGAGAAAGGGGUGUAAGGUGGCCCCGGAGCCCAAGGACGGGGAAGAGGCCGAGGCGCUGCCGGGCUCUCCCAGCUUCCGGAUCUACUGCCAGAAGGCGGCGGCCCAGGUCGACGCUCUGGUGGCCGACGCCGCCGAUGAUCCGAAUCUGGCGGCCAGGAAGAAUGAUCCCCCACGCUGCUCCGGCGAGUUGCCCAAAUGUAAGGAGGGGUGGCUGAAGGUCAGAGGCCAGACGGUCUUCGACGCGCUGUACGGCUUGUUCGUCUGUCACAGCAAGAGAACUUCAGCCCCUCCUGCUCCAAAACCUCCCCGCCGUCCCGGUGCCGCUUCACCAGCUGCUGCUGCUGCUGCUGCAGGGCCCUAUCUCUGACCACGCAUUGCAUGUGUUCUUCACAUCUUAUGUGUCAGCAUGUAAAAUGUGGAUGAUUCAGUCACCUCCAAUGAUGCUUCGCGGCCUUAAUUUUCUGUACUU